AUGACGCGGAGACUGUCUGAGAUGGCAGAAGAGGCCAUGCUAGAAGGAGGACGAUCUGCGCGCAAAAACAUGCAGCAGGCGGGGUUCUCAGAGGACCUGAAGAAACAGCUCGAGGAACGAAUAGCAGCAAGCUCUUUCCAAAGCGAAUAUCCUGCUGCUCAUGCAAUUGUUGAUAUGCCGAAAAGCGCAGGACAAGGAAGUCGAGACAUCGCCGCCGCCGCGCCGUGGACCGGAACGGAGAGCAUUCACGACUCCUCUUUGCGUAUGUUAGACGACAGUGCACCGAAGCCAAUGCGUGUCCCUUUUAAACCCCCUCAGCCUGGUCCCGUCGAUUUCCGACUCAGCCCCAAGCCUAAGAUGUCUCCCGGUCUCCGUAUCGCCAGUGCGAAAGAGCGUACCGCCACCUAUAAAAUGAGCGAGGAUCCUGGACUUUCUGAUAAAGAGCGUGAAGCUUUCCGAAAAGAGAUGCGAGAAAGGUUCACUUCGGUUGCUCGCCCGAUGCCGGUCACUGUUCAAGGGUUUGCGUCGCUUGCGAACGAACGGAUCGAAGAUGCGAUGGCGCGCGGCCAAUUCGAAAAAAUCAAGAGAGGUCGCGGCAUCAAUACCGCAACAGAUCACAAUGCAAAUAGUGCAUUCAUUGAUACUACUGAGUAUUUCAUGAAUAAGAUCAUCCAGAAGCAGGAGAUUGUUCCGCCUUGGAUCGAGAAGCAGCAGGAACUUGUUAAAGAUGUCGAUCGGUUUCGCCAGCGUCUACGAACUGAGUGGAGGCGACAUGCCGCACGAUCGAUUGCCAGUCAAGGCGGGUCAUUGUUAGAUCAGAUGAAGCGUGCCGAUGCACAUGCUGCUGCGGAAGUACGGCUAGUGAAUAAAUCCAAGAUGGAGGAAUCCUUGCGCAACAACGAAGAAGGAGGGUCAUCCACGUCUUCAGAAUCAAACACCUCAGCAUCGGAAAGCAAAGAUACAGGCCAUCUACCACACCUCCCGCCCUUCCGGGAUCCCAAUUAUCUUUCAACUCAACGCUCGUUCCACGAGUUGGCAAUAAAGGAUCUCAAUGCACGAACACGGUCGUAUAACCUCCAGGCGCCUCCAGUUGCACAGAAACCAUAUCUCAAUCUUGAUCGCGAGCUAUCUGCAUGUUUCGCAAGUGUAGCUCCAGGUCUGGCUGAGGAAAUCAAAAGGCGGGCAACAGAAAGAGCCCACCCUACUUCAACAGCAAGUGCUAGGCCAUCCGGGCCCUUCAGUGGUUCUCUGAGCACGGCACAAACGUCCCGGGUUUACGAUGAAGACCAGGCCAAGGGGUAUGGAUUCAAAGAGUUCUGGCAGGAUCUAUUUUCCAAAAAAUAA